ACAAUUCUGGGAAAAAUGAGGCCAAAAACACAAUCCUCACUCAACCUUAGACUCCUCCUCAUCUGCAUCUUCAUAGCCUUCUUCAUCCUCUUUGUAAUGAAAUCAUCAAUAGUCUCAUCUCCACCAACAACCCAAUCUCCUUCUUCUUCUUCUUCUUCUUCCCAAUCUUCAUCAAAAUCCCAAACAUUUUUGCCCAGAAAAGAAGCAAAAAGAUCCACCAAGAACUGCAACAAGAAAAUCCCAGCAUCAGUGGCAAAAGCUGUGAUCCAUUACUCCACCUCAGCCAUUACCCCCCAACAGACCACCAAGGAAAUCUCAGUAACCUCAAGAAUCCUGGAACAAAAAUCCCCUGCAAACUUCCUAGUUUUCGGCCUCGGGCACGACAGCUUGAUGUGGCACACCCUCAACUAUGGGGGCAGGACAGUGUUCCUGGAAGAGGACCAGGCCUGGAUUCACCAGAUCACCAAGAAGUUCCCCAUGCUGGAAUCUUACCAUGUCACCUAUGACACAAAACUCAGUCAGGCCUCUGAUCUACUGGAGACUGGCAAGGGACCAGAAUGCACGGCCACUACAGACGACCCCAGAUACUCCAUGUGCCAGCUGGCACUGAAAAGUCUGCCUAGCCUGGUUUACGAGGUCCCGUGGGACUUGAUCAUGGUGGACGCCCCCACCGGGUACCACGACGAGGCGCCCGGGAGGAUGGCGGCGAUCUACACCGCCGGGAUGAUGGCUAGACACCGGGGGGAUGGUGGGGAGACGGAUGUUUUUGUGCAUGAUGUUAACAGGGUGGUGGAAGAUAAAUUCUCUAAGGUGUUCUUGUGUGAAGGUUACAUGAAGAGACAGGAGGGGCGUCUUCGGCAUUUCACCAUCCCGAGUUAUAGGAAUCGUUUGGAUAUGCCGUUUUGCCCUUAGGAUUCUUUGUUUUAAUUCCUGUUUUGCCCCUGAUUGGCUAUUGAAUCUAUAUAUUGGGCAUUUAUAUUGUUGGAUUGAGGGCAUCAUAUCUGCAUUUGCAACAGUGGAUUCAAGAAUAAGAGUAGCCAUCUCUUAUUAUAUAUACAUAUAAUAAUUACUAGGGCUAUACAUAUAAUAUAAGGUGAAAAUUGAGAAGAGGGGACAGUUGCUCCCAUUGUAGAUCCGUCCAUGCAUCUAGUUAACAUAAACGUUAUAUAUUGAUAAAUA